AUGGCUCCUCAGGUCGAGGCUAUUUAUAGGCCUCAGGAAAUCGGUCGUAAUGAUGAGAUUUUGAAAUAUGUUGAUGGUUGGGAUGAUCCUCGUCUCAUGACAUUAGCUGGUUUACGGCGUAGGGGUGUGACUUCAACUGCGAUAAAUUCUUUUGUUCGAGGAAUUGGAAUCACUAGAAGUGAUUGUAGUAUGAUUCGUUUGGAUCGCCUCGAGUAUCACAUAAGAGAAGAAUUAAACAAGAUAGCACCUCGUGUAUUGGUUGUGCUGCAUCCUCUUAAGGUAGUAAUAACCAACCUUGAAUCUGGGUCUGUUUUGGAUCUCGAUGCAAAGAAAUGGCCUGAUGCUCAAGCAGAUGACACAUCUGCCUUUUACAAGGUGCCUUUUUCGAAUGUUGUAUACAUUGAGCACUCAGAUUUCCGGAUGAAGGAUUCUAAAAAUUACUAUGGGUUGGCUCCUGGCAGGUCAGCAUUGCUUAGAUAUGCAUUCCCCAUUAAGUGUACAGACGUGAUAUUGGCAGAUGAUAAAGAGACCAUGCUUGAGAUUCGAGCUGAAUAUGAUCCUUCUAAGAAAAGCAAGCCAAAGGGGGUUCUCCACUGGGUUGCUGAACCGUCUCCAGGUUCUGAUCCAUUGAAGGUUGAAGUACGAUUGUUUGACAAACUCUUUAAUUCUGAGAAUCCUGCUGAACUUGAUGAUUGGCUCACUGAUCUCAACCCUAAUUCCAAAGUGGUUCUACAUGCUGCAUACGCAGUACCAUCACUUCGGAAUGCUGCCGUAGGGGAUACAUUUCAGUUUGAAAGGCUAGGGUAUUUUAGCGUUGCCAAGGACUCUAGUGCUGAAAAACUUGUAUUUAAGCGUACGGUUACGCUCAAGGAUACUUACGGCAAGGAUGGGAAAUAG